AUGGCCAGUCUUUCCACGGAGGCCCCGUCUACCAUGGACUCUCUUCCCAGGAAGGUCCCGCCUACCAUGGACAGCUUUCCCAGGGAAGUCAAGCUCAUGAUCCUCAGACAGCUGGACGGCCUUAUCAACCCGGAUUCGAUUCGACUUAUCCCGUACCAGCAGGUCUUCUGCAGUCAUACCAGGACCCGCCACUGCUUCCCAAACUCCCGCAGGCCAACGACGGCCUCUUUCCACUUUCUCAUCCCAGCCAUGGACCGGCCGAGCUCAAUAGUCACGGCUAAGAUGGAUGGGCCGACGAGUACCCCGGCUUCAGUUACCUCCGCCUUCGAGCGCCUCGAGUCCAUUGAACUGUGCUCUUACCCACUAGAUGAUGAACUCGAUCACGAGAUCUGGUGCUGCGGUCCACUCACAGCGUUUGCUAACCUCAUUCCCGAGGAGCUCGACCCACUGCUGUCUGCACCUCCCUACUCGCAGCAUGCGGCGCGCAACUCCUUGGUCCUCGAAUGGCUUGCGCCCUCCGCGCCGCGCGCCUACACCCCGGGGGCGCCAACGCCGGUUUACUGCGCCAUCCUGACAUUCGACGAUAUCCCGGACACCAAGCGGCUGGUUCGUGAUUUCUCCCUCCUCCUCUCAGCCGACCUGGACCUGAGCACCGUAAAGUAUUGUGACCCAGUGGAUGAACGGGCGUUGGCUCGAGACGUCAAUGCCAGUGGGAAGUCGCUCGACGCAGACAUUGCAGAGGACCGUCGGCUGGUGGAAAAAGAAGAGAUUCCCCGGCGUCCCGGCCGAUGCACACGACUCAGAAGACAGCCUCAGCCACCGGCUCCGAACCGCGCCCUAAUGGAUGUGGCCCCGCUACCGUCCCGACCGGCUAGGCGACGCGUCCAUCACCUACUGCUACCGCGUGUUGCACCUCGCAUCCGGAAGGUCGCCUACGAGGGCGAAGCCGCCCGAAGGGCCGGUCAAGUAUAGCCAAAGGGAAGAUCCAACGGUUCCGAUAUCUAGGGGAUUCGCAUAUGGGGGAGGCUUUGUCGUAGGGAUUCGCACACUCGUUUGCUGGAUACGGUAUGGGGCAUCUUAAAUUCGACUCUCAUACCGGAAUUACACACAGCCCUUGGGGAGGUUGAUGGAAGGAUGGCUGCGAGCACCUGUUUUGUCCUUUGUUACGCCUGGCGAGCCCUGAAGCAUGGGGUUUCUAUGAUUCUAUUACAGUCCCCCGCGAGGAUAUGCAUGGUCUUGACAAUCGAAACGAAUGGAGUUGGCGGAAUCGGCGCGGCCGCCUUACAGGUACUACUAGUUCGUUCACCGGGCGGGAAGAUUGUGAGCAUCCUGACGCCGGGGAAUGUCUACAAGCAAACUCAGUAUUGCGAGGCGCUCUACGAGUUUGCGAAAUGCAUCUUCUCACGGCU